AUGAAGCGCUCUCGGCUCCGACGGAAUAGAAAGCCGGGAAGUGCCAGUGGCGAGGAUGAUAUAACUGCGACCACUACUAGCGACUCCGACCACCAGGGCGAUACUACUUAUGAGACGGAUCUAACGGAGCCGGACGAUGCCUCGAGCUCACGGAAACGUCUCCGGUCGGAUGAAGACUGCUCUACCUUGGAGCUAGGGCUCUUCAAUGACUUAGGUGAAUUCUACGAUGAUCCACUAGAUAAUGAUAGAGUUAAUCUCUCCGAGAUCCCUAAGGAUUUCGACAAGGCGCCCGGUACGCUUAAACGACGAGAUCAGAUUAAGGGCCGGUGGAAACGGUUAGUGAUAAUAGAGAUCUACCUUAUUUCCGUCUACUAA